AUGUCUGUAAAACAAAAUGUGAUUAACACGGCUACUGGUGCUAGUCCUCCAUGGCCUUGUACUCGUGAUGUAGCUUGUUCUCCUAUUCAUUUUGGAUCAUCAAUUGAAUUAACAUCAAAUGAAGGUUAUGAUGAUUCACCAAUUAUUCUUCAUCAGGAAAAACAAAACGUACAGGAAAAUAUUUUGAAGAACAAAAUCUUCAACAAUGAGCCCUCAUCGUCAUUAUCAUUACCAUGGAGUAAUUCAUCAAGUAGUAAUACAACGCCUGUAUUAUCUUCUGUUUCAUCAAUGAAGCCAGUAUCAUUGAUGUCAAUAGAACUCAAUGAUGCAUAUGGUGUGAGUUCAAGAAGAGGUUCUUCUUCAACAGCAAACAAUAUCAACAACAAUCGUUGGUGGCCUGCCGAUCCUCCUUAUAGAUAUAAUUUCAAGAAUCGUCAACGUAGAGUACGAAGUACUCGUCACAAUCAAUUUCACCAACAUCGAAGUUAUGAUGCAAGAUCUGCAAUGAUGACGAGAAUUAAUUGCCAUCACGACAAUUAUCGUAGAACAAGUCAUUGUCAAAAUUGUUGCAGUUGUCAUGAUUAUUGUUUAAUGUAA